AUGACCGGCGGAAACGAUCAGCAGCAGAAACCGAGUCUCAAAGACUCGACUACAGAGCCGGUAUCCAGCAGUAAUUCUCUUCCACCAGCGCAUUCAGAUGCGCCGCCCGAACUCGACGAGUUCGGGUUGCCCAAAAGACCCGUGAGCAGACCCCGUCCUCCGGAGUCGGAUGACAGCGAGGACGAGGGGGACACUUUUCACGAUGCCGAAGGGUUCGAUGACAACAAAGCAGCACAAGAGAAAGGGGAGCCAGGGCAUGAACGCUCGACAAUUGAGUGCAAUGGCGAGGUUGUGAGCAGGGAUACGGAAAGCAAGGGGUCCAGUGGAGUGGGAAUCGCGCCUGCAGACGCAGCAUCACCCAAUUGCUCGCCCGAUGGUGAGGAAAAGCGUGCGGACGAGACGGCCGCUGUGAACGAUGCAACGGCCAAUACAAAGUCAUUCAAAGCACCCGAUAAGCCGGCCGAAGGUUCAAGCCCCGAUGAGCCCGCGCCAGCUAGCACGGAACCUGAGUCCUCUUACAAGAAGGCCGCCGUUCCUCAAGACUCGCAACUAUCCUCUGCUACCGUAAUACCGAAACGUGAGCACCCGACAACGGCUCCUGCAGUCUCCGAAUGGUCACACCAGAAACAAGUUAGGGGUGCUCAGCAGGCCGACGGUGUCGACGAGGAUGAUGAAGAGGAAGACUGGCAGGCGAUGCCCGCCUUGGAUGAGUUUGAUGUCUACGAUGACAACGGUCGGCUUGUGGUCAGGGGCAACAAGGCCACGGAAGAAGAGAUGAACCCAUAUGCCGGGAUUGGAGGGGCAGGAAAAGGGUAUACGAGGGUACAGCUCGACGAGGACGUGCACUCUGUCACCAGUCUGGAUGAUGACACCAGUUAUUUGUUCCAAAAUGGCCAGAAAUCAGCUUGUCAGGACGAUACACGCCAUGACGAAGAAGAAGAGCAGAGGGACGCGGACACCCAGUUGAAAGCUACAAAGGAUUUGCUGACCGAAGGCCAGCGCAUAGCGUACGUCGGUGUAGUUCGCCUAACUAUCCACAAGAUGUCCGAAGCACUGGCCUCCCUGGAGAAGACCAAGGGUGCAAAAAAAGAAAUCCUGAAGGCUGUGGAAAGUAUGGAUAUGUGGGGACAGAAAAUGAUGGUUCGUCUCUAUACCCACAUGGACAUCAACCCUGCAGAGCAAGUCAUGAUCGAGCAGCUGGCCGAACACGGAGUCCAGCCGUCCGACCUCGUCAGUCCCUUGAUGGUCAAUGCGAACGUCAAGAAUCCUAUGGCGACCGACAAAUCAACCGACAGUCCAAGGCCAGAAGUCACGCGGAAUAGGGACUCGACGACUUCUCAUUCGUCCCUCAAGAGCACCGAUGAGACAGCAAAGGAAGAUGAGGGUGGUGAAAAGGUCCCUGAAGUACACGGCCCUCAAGAUAUGCCCCAUACUAAACAAAUUGAACUUGAUCUUCGAUGGACCGUCCUUUGCGACCUAUUUCUGGUUUUAAUAUCCGACAGUGUAUACGAUGCUCGAUCAAGGCGACUACUUGAAAGAGUGGGCUCGACUAUGAACAUUAGCUGGACUCAAAUCUGUCGUUUUGAGAAGAGAGUCAUUGAUGCCUUGGAGAUGCAAGAAAGCGAAACGCAGGAAAACUGGGAUGAAUCUGAAAACAUGGAGAAACGCCGCAAAUUGGGCCUGAAACGCAGAUACAUGGUUAUGGGUCUUGCGACCGUUGGUGGUGGUUUGGUCAUUGGGCUCUCGGCGGGCUUGUUGGCCCCCGUCAUUGGAGCGGGCCUCGCCGCCGGCUUCACCACCAUUGGUGUCGGAGGCACCGCAGGCUUUUUGAGCGGAGUUGGUGGAGCUGCCCUGAUCACUUCCGCGGCCACGGCUGCUGGUGGUACCAUCGCUGUGCGCGCAUCUGACCGGCGGACCGGCCACGUGAAGACCUUUGAGUAUCGACCUCUUCACAAUAACAAGCGACUUAAUCUGAUUUUGACCGUCUCUGGUUGGAUGAAUGGCAAGGUGGACGAUGUACGAUUGCCCUACAGUACCAUCGACCCUAUAAUGGGCGAUAUUUAUUCCUUACUGUGGGAACCGGAAAUGCUUCAGUCGAUGGGUGACACGAUCAACAUCCUCGCCACUGAGGCGCUGACACAGACAGUGCAGCAGGUGCUGGGAAGUACUAUUUUGGUGGCGCUUAUGGCGUCGAUUCAACUCCCGGUCGUCUUGACCAAACUGGCUUACCUGAUUGACAAUCCUUGGAGUGUUUCUUUGGAUAGAGCGAACGCGGCAGGUCUUAUCUUGGCGGAUUCGCUCAUGGACAGACACUUGGGUCAGCGGCCCAUUACCCUGGUCGGAUUCUCAUUAGGGGCGAGGGUCAUAUUUUCCUGUCUCAAGGAAUUGUCCGCCAGAGGCGCCUACGGUUUGGUACAGAACGUCUAUCUAUUUGGGUCCCCGGUUGUCGUCAAAAAGGACGAUUACUUGCGUGCCCGGUCCGUCGUUUCUGGCCGAUUUCUCAAUGGCUAUGCAUCCAACGACUGGAUUUUGGGUUAUCUGUUUCGAGCCACGUCUGGGGGCAUCAUGCGUGUCGCAGGCUUGGCCCCUGUGGAAGGCGUACCAGGCGUCGAAAACAUUGACGUGAGUAAACUGGUGAAUGGUCACAUGGCCUAUCGUGCUGCUAUGCCUCGACUGAUGCGAGAAGUCGGUUGGGAGGUGGAGAGCGACGAGUUUACGGAAAUCGAGGAUCCUGAUCCUGAGAAUCAUGCCAAGCGACAGCGCGAGCUUAUCAUUGAAAUCGAUGAGGCACGGAAGAAAGCUGAGGAAAAGCCUGAGAAGAAACGGUUUGGGCUCUUCAAAAGGGGCAAGAUGGCAGAAAAGCGAGGCUGGGAAACAUAUACCCCAAAUGACACCGCACACGCGCGCAACAGUAGUACAACCAAGGACUCUGCCGCCCCUGGGGACAGUAAUGUGCUGUUUGACAUUGAUGCGAUUCGAAAAGAGCUCGAGAGCGAAAUGAUCGAAGUGAGGGAACUGGACAGCACGUUGCCGCCCAUGCAGAUCACCUCUAUACAGAACGGAGAAAAGCAUGUCGAGUUUCUUCGUCUUCCUCCAGACAUGAAGCCCGAGGAAGUGGCCAGGAUGAAUCUCCCGCCGAGACCAGACGAAAUCGAUGUCGAGUUUCCCCCGGCGCGACCUGCUCCGGCGCGUCCGUCCAGGACGUCCUCUCUCAGGCCCGAGUCAGUAGCAAGUCCACGGGUCAGUCCAGGUGUGAGUCCACAGAGGUCAACGCACGCUUCUCCCGACCUGAGUCGACGCUCGUCUUACGCGCUUUCGGAGCCGAAGGAACUAGUGAGCACUUUGCCGCCCCUGAAUUUGACUCCUUCGCCUUCUCCAGGGAUUGAAAGCUAUAAUACAUCCAGCAAUGUGCGACCCGAACUGAGGCCGCACGUGACCGAGCCUCCAUUGUCGAGCUGGAAUCGUCCUGCUGCCACGUCUGAUGAUGAUGUUGCCAACAAGAUGUCAAGCUUGGACAUAGAGCGCAACGCCUGGGCAGAGGACGAUGACCUAGGCCGGGGGCAUUCCGAGAUCAAAAUGACAUUCGAAUAA